UCUUUGAAAAAAGUGCAUAUAUGGCAAUGCCAGAAUAUGAAGAGUUUCUCCAAAGGAGUCAUAAAUGCAGAAUCGUUUGGAAGAAUUCAGCUGUCGUCAGAUCCAAAACAGGAUUCACUCUUACACCAAAGUCUUAACGCCACUAUAAAAGGGAUGGCACAACGACUGGAGUUUUUUGAAGCCUUAGUUGAGACACGUUUUCGUGGGAAUCUUGAGCUACAAGCAGACAGGCAUGGUAAUGUUGCUGUUGGUCUACAAAACAAAUGGUUGCGCCAUUUGGUAACUUUGAAGCUGGACAACUGUAUUCUACCAUAUGCAAUUCCAUCUCCUAUUCUUCCUCAUUUAAAAAACUUAAAAGAAUUGGAAGUGCAUGAUAGCGACAAGGUAGAAGUAAUUUUUAAUAUGAAUGACAUUGAGAUCAUGGAAACAGCAUCUCAAAUGAAGAAAUUGACAUUAAAAGGGCUAUCGGAGCUGACACAUGUUUGGGGAAAAAAUAGUCAAGCAGUUCUCAUAUUUCGGAAUCUGCAAGAGGUCGUUGUUAGUGAUUGUAAAAACUUGCAAACUUUAUUUCCUGCUUUGCUGGCAAAAAAUCUUGAGAAACUUGAGAAACUUGAAAUAGGACAUUGUCACAAAUUGCAAGAAAUUGUUGAAAAGGAAGAAGGCACAACAGAAGAUGUAACAGAAAAAUUUGUUUUUCCUCGUUUAGAGGUGUUGGAUCUUUGUGACUUGCCACGCGUCAGUUACUUCUACCCACAAACAUUCACUCUGGAAUGCCCUACCUUAAAUAAAUUAUCUGUGUUGGAUUGCCAUAAGUUGGAGUUAUUUCAAAGUGCUCAUCCCUCAGGUGAGGGUAAAGGUAUGGGUACUUCAAUUGACAGACGGCCUCUUAUCUCAAAUCUAAAGGUCAUUUCCAACCUUAAAGAAUUGAGACUUGAUUGGAAACACAUUUCAGCAUUAAGCUUAAGGUUUAGGUCAGGGCGAUUUAUGAAAGGCCUCAAAUAUUUAAACGAAUUUUCCAUGUAUGUUGGUGCUGAUGAGAAUGAGAAGCCUAUGUUGCCCAAUGAAAUACUCCAAAAGGCACCCAAUUUAAUUGAAAUGGGUAUAAACAAUUGCAAUAGUCCUGAGAUAUUCCUAGCUGCAAACCUCAAUAUAGGGCAGUUGAGAAUAUUGAAACUAUGUGAAGUAUCCAAACUGCAGUCCAUCAAGCCAGAGGACUCAUCAUGGAGAAACACAAUCUGUGAGAAGAUCCAGGAAUUAAAUGUUGUCAGAUGUCCUCACCUGACGACAUUGGUACAUUCUACUUCUACAGUGUCUUUCUCUUGUCUGAAAAAAAUAUCUAUAUCCAACUGUCAUAUAUUGCAGUAUUUAUUCACAUCUUCAGCAGCAAAAUUGUUAAUAAACCUUGAGGAAAUUACAGUCGAGGAAUGUGAUUCAGUGAAAGAAAUAGUGGCUAAAGGAGGUGCAACUUCAGAAGCCAUUAAAUUUGAGCGACUCAAAUCCAUUGUUCUACAUUCUUUACCAAGUCUGAUAUGUUUUUACUCGGGCAGAGACACACUUCAAUUAUCAUCUUUGAAAACAGUACAUAUAAGUAAAUGCCCUAAGAUGAAGAUUUUCUCCCAAGGAAUCAUAUUUGCAGAAUCGUUCAAGGGAAUUCAAAUGUCAUGGGUUGCUAAACAAGAUUUGCUCUUCCACCAAGAUCUUAAUGCCACCAUAAAAGUGAUGUUGCAACGACAGGAGUUUUUUGAUGCAUGUUUUCGUUGGAAUUAUGAGCUACAAGCAGACAGCCAUGGUAAUGUUGCCAUUGUUCUACAAAAUAAAUGGUUGGGCAAAUUGAGAACUUUGAACCUGUCCAAGUGCAUUCUACCAUGUGCAAUUCCGUCUGUUAUUCUUCCACUUUUAAAGAACUUAAAAGAAUUGGAAGUGCUUGACAGCGACAAAGUAGAGGUUAUUUUUAAUAUGAAUGACACUGAGAUAAUGAAAACAGCAUCUCCAAUGAAGAAAUUGACUUUAAAAGGGCUAUCAGAUCUAACACAUGUUUGGGGAAAGAAUAGUAAAGGUCUCAUGUUUCCAAAUCUACAAGAGGUUUUUGUUAGUGAUUGUAAAAACCUGCAAACCUUAUUUCCUGCUUCCUUGGCAAAAAAUCUUGAGAGGCUUGAGAAACUGGAAAUAGAAUCUUGUCAUAAAUUGCAAGCAAUUGUUGAAGAUGAAGAAGGCACAACAACAAACAUAACAGAAAAGUUUGUCUUCCCUCGUUUAGAGAAGUUGAAUCUUUGUCACUUGCCACAGGUCACAUACUUUUACCCUCAAAUGUUCACUCUAGAAUGCCCUGCCUUAAAUAGCUUGUCUGUGUUGGAUUGCCAUGAGCUGGAGUUAUUUCAAUGUGCACAUCUAAAGGCUGAGGGUGAAGGUUCGAGUACUUCAAUUAACAGACAGCCACUUUUCUCAAAUGUGAAGGUCAUUUCCAACCUGAAAGAAUUGCAACUAGAUUGGAUACACAUUUUGGCAUUAAACUUAAGAUUUAAGUCAGGGCAAUUUAUGACAGAUCUCAAAUAUUUAAAUGAAAUUACCCUGUGCCUUGGUGUUGUUAAGAAUGAGAAGCCUAUGUUGCCCGUUGAAUUACUCAGAAAGGCACCCAAUUUAAUGGAAAUGAGUAUAAACAACUGCAGUAGUCCUGAGAUAUUCCUUUCGGCAAAUGUCGUUACAAUUGCAAUUGGUCAUUGGAUGCUUAGACAGUUACAAAAACUGAAACUAUGUGAAGUAUCCGAGCUCCAGUCCAUCAAGUCAGAGUACUCAUCCGGGAGAAUCACAAUCUUUGAGAAUAUCCAUGAAUUAAAUGUUGUCAGUUGUCCUCAUUUGACAACAUUAGUACAUUCUUCUUCCACAGUGUCUUUCUCUUGUAUGAGAAAAAUGUCUAUAUACAAAUGUCACAAAUUGCAGUAUUUAUUUACAUCUGCAGUAGCCAAAAUGUUGAUGAACCUUGAGGAGAUCACAGUCGAGGAAUGUGAAUUAGUGAAAGAAAUAGUGGCUAAAGAGGGAGAUGCAACUUCUACAACCAUUAAAUUUGAGCGACUCAACACCAUUGCUCUAUAUUCUUUACCAAGUCUGAUAUGUUUUUACUCGGGCAGUGACACUCUGCAAUUACCAUCUUUGACAACAGUGCGUAUAGGAGAAUGCCGCAAUAUGAAGAUCUUCUCUUAUGGAGUCAUAUAUACAAGAUUGUUUCGAGGAAUUCAGAUGUUGUCAGAUGAUCCAAAACAAGAUUUGCUCUUCCACCAAGAUCUUAAUGGCACUAUAAAAGUGAUCUUGCAACGACAGGAGUUUUUUGAUGCCUUGGUCAAAACAUGUUCUCCUCGAAAUUUUGAGCUACAAACAGACAGGCAGGGUAAUAUUGCCAUUGGUCUACAAAACAAAUGGUUGCGCAAUUUGAGAGCUUUGAACCUGGCCCAGUGCAUUCUACCAUGUGCGAUUCCGUCUGUUAUUCUUCCACUUUUAAAAAACUUAAAAGAGUUGGAAGUGCGAUACAGUGACAAAGUAGAGGUAAUUUUUGAUAUGAAUGACACUGAGAUUAUGGAAACACCAUCCCAAAUGAAAAAAUUGACUUUAAAAGGGCUAUCCGAGCUGAUACAUGUUUGGGGAAAGAAUAGAGAAGGAGUUCUCAUGUUUCCAAAUCUGCAAGAGGUUGUUGUUAGUGAUUGUAAAAAUCUGAAAACUUUAUUUCCUGCUUCUCUGGCAAAAAAUCUUGAGAAGCUUGAGAAACUUGAAAUACAAUCUUGUCAUAAAUUGCAAGCAAUUGUUGAAAAAGAAGAUGGCAAAGCAACAAAUGCAAUCGAAAAGUUUGUGUUCCCUCAUUUAGAGAAGUUGAAUCUUUGUCACUUGCCACAGGUCACUUACUUUUACCCUCUAACAUUCACUCUGGAAUGCCCUGCCUUAAACAACUUACAUGUGUUGGAUUGUCAUGAGCUGGAGUUAUUUCAAUGUGAACAUUCCAUGGUUGAGGGUGAAGGUAUGAGUACUUCAAUUAACAGACAACCUCUUAUCUCAAAUCUAAAGGUGAUUUCCAACCUAAAAGAAUUGGAACUUGAUUGGAAACACAUUUCAGCAUUAAAGCUGAGAUUUGGAUCAGAGCAGUUUCCUGAAGGCCUCAAAGAUUUAAAGCAUAUUGCCCUGCUCUUUGAUGCUAAUGAGAAUGAGAAGCCUAUGUGGCCCAUGGAAAUACUCGGAAAGGCACCCAAUUUAAUUGAAAUGAGUAUAAACAAUUGCUAUAGUUCCAAGAUAUUCCUUGCUCAAAAGCCCAAAACUUGUGGGGAUGGGAUGCUUGGACAGUUAAAAAUAUUGACACUAUGCAAUGUAUCCAUGUUCCGGUCCAUCGAGUCAGAGGACUCAUCAUGGUUAAACACAAUAUCUGAGAAGCUCCAGGAAUUAAAUGUUGUAAGAUGUCUUCAUUUGACAACGUUGGUACUGACAAUGUCUUUCUCUUGUCUAAAAAAAGUGUCUAUCUCCAACUGUCCCAAAUUGCAGUAUUUAUUUACAUCUUCAGCAGCCAAAAAACUGAUGAUGCUUGAGGAGAUAAAAGUUGAAGAAUGUGAAUCACUGAAAGAAAUUGUGGCUAAAGAGCUAGAUGUUAUUUCAGAAGUCGUUAAAUUUGAGCGGCUUAACAACAUUGUUCUACAUUCUUUACCAAGUCUAAUAUGGUUUUCCUCGGGCAGUGACACUUUGCAAUUAUCGUCUUUGAUAACAGUGCAUAUAAGGAAAUGCCCCAAUAUGAAGAUUUUCUCCAAAGGAGUCAUAUAUGCAGAAUCAUUUCAGGGAAUUCAGAUGUCAUCGGAUCCAAAACAAGAUUUACUCUUCUACAAAGAUCUUAACACCACUAUAAAAGGGAUGUUGCAACGACGGGAGUUUUUUGAAGCAGUGAAUGAAGUUGAAGAGUUCCUUUCUGACCAGGAGGAGGAGUUCUACUCUGACCAGGACGAGGAUCUUUUUGAUCUACAAGCAGACAGGCAUGGUAAUGUUGCCGUUGGUAGUCAAAACAAAUGGUUGCGCAAUUUGAGAGAAUUGAAGCUGGACAAGUGCAUUCUACAAUGUGCAAUUCCAUCUGUUAUUCUUUCUCUUUUAAAGAACUUAAAAGAAUUGGAAGUGCGGGAUAGCAACAAAGUAGAGGUAAUUUUUGACUUGAGUGACACUGAGAUAUCGGAAGUCCAGUUGAAGAAAUUGACUUUGAAAGGGCUAGCAGAGCUCACACAUGUGUGGGGAAAGAAUAAUCAACGAGUUCUCAUCUUUCGAAAUCUGCAAGAGGUGGUUGUUAGUGAAUGUAAAAUCCUUCAAACUUUAUUUCCUGCUUCCCUCGCAAAAAAUCUAGAAAAGCUUGAGAAACUUGAAAUAGAAUCUUGUCAUAAACUGCAAGCAAUUGUUGAAGAGGAAAAAGGAACGGCAGCAAACGUAAUGGAGAAGUUUGUGUUCCCUCGUUUAGAGAAGUUGAAUCUUUGUCACUUGCCACAGGUCACAUACUUUUACCCUCUAACAUUCACUCUGGAAUGCCCUGCCUUAAACAAAUUACAUGUGUCGGAUUGUCAUGAGCUGGAGUUAUUUCAAAGUGCACAUCUAAAGGCUGAGGGUGAAAGUAGGAUUACUCCUAUUAACAGACAGCCUCUUAUUUCAAAUCUAACGGUCAUUUCCAAUCUGAAAGAAUUGACACUUGAUUGGAAACACGUUUUGGCAUUAAAAUUAAGGUUUGAGUCAGAGCAAUUCAUAGAAGGUCUCGAAGAUUUAAAGCAUAUUGACCUGUCCUUUGAUGCUGAUAAUGAGAAGCCUGUGCUUCCUAUUGAAAUACUCCAAAAGGCACCCAAUUUAAUUGAAAUGAGCAUAAACACUUGCAAUAGCCCCGAGAUAUUCCUUGCUCAAAACCACAAAAUUGGUGAGGACGGAAUACUUGAACAGUUAAGAGUAUUGAAACUGAGUAAAGUGUCUGAGCUGCAGGCCAUCAAGUCAGAGGACUCAUCAUGGUUAAACACAAUUUGUGAGAAGAUCCGCGAAUUAAAUGUCAUCAGUUGUCCUCAUUUGACAACAUUAGUACAUUCUACCUCUACAGCGGCUUUCUCUUGGCUCAAAAAAGUGUCUAUCUCCAACUGUCCCGACUUGCAGUAUUUGUUUACAUCUUCAGCAGCCAAAGAGUUGGUGAACCUUGAGGAGAUCACUAUUGAGGAAUGUGAAUCAGUGAAAGAAAUAGUGGCUAAAGUUGGAGAUGCAACUUCAGAAGCAAUUAAAUUUGAGCGACUCAACAAAAUUGUUCUACAUUCUUUACAGAGUCUUACAUGUUUUUACUCGGGCAGUGACACUCUGGAAUUAUCGUCUUUGAUAUUAGUGCAUAUAAGGGAAUGCCCCAAUAUCAAGACUUUCUCCCAAGGACUCAUAUAUGCAGAAUCGUUUCUAGGAAUUCAGAUGUCCUCGGACCCAAAACAAGAUUUGCUCUUCCACCAAGAUCUUAAUGCCACUAUAAAAGGGAUGUUGCAACGGCAGGAGUUUUUUAAAGCAGUGGAAGAGAGCGAGGAGUUCUUUUUUGAAGCCGUUGAUGAGGAGUUUUUUGAUGUACAAGUAGACGAAAAUGGUAAUGUUUCCAUUGGGAAACAAAACGAAUGGUUGUGCAAUUUGAGAGAAUUGAAGCUGGACAACUGCAUUCUACCAUAUGCAAUUCCGUCAGCUAUUCUUCCUCUUUUAAAGAACUUAACAGAAUUGGAAGUGCGGGACAGCAACAAAGUUGAGGUGAUUUUUGAUAUGAAUGACACUGAGAGUAUGGAAACAACAACCCAGUUGAAAAAAUUGACUUUAAAAGGGCUAUCUGAGCUGAAACGUGUUUGGGGAGAGAAUAGUCAAAGAGUUUUCAGCUUUCGAAAUCUGAAAGAGGUUAUUGUUAGUGAUUGUAAAAUCCUGCAAACAUUAUUUCCUUCUUCCCUGGCAAAAACUCUUGAGAAACUUGAGAAACUCAAAAUAGAAUCUUGUCAUAAAUUACAAGCAAUUGUUGAAAAGCAAGAAGAAACAGCAGCAAUUGUUGCAGAAAUGUUUGUGUUCCCUCGUUUAGAGAAGUUGGAUCUUCGUGACUUACCACUAGUCACUUAUUUUUACCCUCAAACAUUCACUUUGGAAUGCCCUGCCUUAAACAACUUACAUGUGUCAGAUUGUCAUGAGCUGGAGCUAUUUCAAAGUGUACAUUCCAUGGGUGAGGGUGAAGGUUCAAGUACUUCAAUUAACAGACAGCCUUUUAUCUCAAAUCUAAAGGUCAUUUCCAACCUGAAAGAAUUAGAACUUGAUUGGAAACACAUUUCGGCAUUAAGCUUAAGGUUUAUGUCAGAGCAAUCUACUGAAGGCCUCAAAGAUUUAAAGCAUAUUUCCCUCCUCUUUGGUGCUAAUGAGAAUGAGAAGGGUGUGUUGCCCAUUGAAAUACUCCAAAGGGCAUCCAAUUUAAUUGAAAUGAGUUUAAACAAUUGCUAUAGCCCUGAGAUAUUCCUUGAUCAAAACCCCAAAAUUGGUGAGGAAAGGAUGCUUGGAGAGUUAAAAAUAUUGACACUGCACAAGGUAUCCAUGCUCCAGUCCAUUGGGUUAGAGGACUCUUCAUGGUUAAACACAAUCUGCGAGAAGAUCCAGGAAUUGAAUGUUGACAGAUGUCUUCAUUUGACAAAAUUAGCACAUUCUACUUGUAAAGUGUCUUUCUCUUGUCUGACAAAAGUGUCUAUCUCCAAUUGUCCCAACUUGCAAUAUUUAUUUUCAUCUUCCGCAGCCAAAAACUUGAUGAACCUUGAGGAGAUCAGGGUUGAGAAAUGUGGAUCAAUGAAAGAAAUAGUAGCUAAAUGGGGACAUGAAGAUGAACAUGAAGGAAAAGGUGAAGAUAAAUAUGAAAAUGAGAUGAGAUUCGCCAAGCUUGAGAUUUUAACUCUCUGCUCUUUACCAAAAUUUGAAAGCUUUUACACGGGGAGUUCCACUUUGAAUUUCCCAUCCUUGAAGAAAGUGGAGUUCACCAAAUGCUACAACAUGACAAUUUUCCAUCAUGGUGACAAAGUGCCUGCAGAAUUGAUGGUGACAAUUGAUGGAGUCCAUUGGGAAGGUGGUAUAAAUUCUGUGAUCAUUCAACAGUUGGAGGAGGUGGCAGCCUAAGUUUGGUGACAAAUUCCCUUGACUUGUUUGAAAUUAUGUUUAGUGAGAGAACCUUACUGUCAUUGCAUUCGCUCAUGGUACACACUUGAAAACUAGCUUUCUUCUAUUUAUCGAGCACAACAGAGCAGAGGACAUGGAAUGUUAGUUCUGGGAAUCAGGGGAACUCAAAGAAGGCAACGAUAGCAUCAUUGACAACAACUAUCAACAAAUUGAGGUCUUUUCUUUUCUGUUGAAGGGCGGUGUUCAUGAAUAAACUUUUCCUAUAUACCUGUAGGAAACAUGAAAUCCGAAUGGUUCUUAAGUUAUACAUGGGUGUUUUAUGCAUAAAAUGGUCCCUUUUUAAUCCAGGAGCAGGUGUGUGUGUGGUAUUUAAAUUAUAAGAAGAUAUUUGACCUGUAUUGCUGAAAGAGGUAUGCAUUGUUUUAAAUUAAGUUGUUGAAGAGUUUUCUACAAAUAAAAUUGACAUGAAUGUAUUUCUAGAGAAGGAUGCUCCAUGCAGAAAGAUGGCAACUUGGCAUGCACCUCUACGGAUGUUGUGUAUAUGGUUUUUAAGUUAUAAGGUGUUUCAUGAAUAGUGUUGACGUGUAUUUCCAUGUGUAUGUCCUUGAAAUAAUGUUGACAUAAACAAUGUUUUUAAAUUACGGAUUUUAAGUUGUAAAAGGAGUGUUUAGUGAAUAAAGUUGUCCUGUAAAUCAACCAGUGGCAUAUGGCUUUUAAAUUAUAUAAAGAGUGC